AUGAUGCAGGAAGUCAGCCUGAGCCUCUUGCAGGCAGGGGAGCGGGAUGCCAUCCUGCAGGUCCUGCUCCGGGACCAGGCGGUGCAGAGCCGAGAGGAGGCCAGGAUCCGGAAGCUGAGGAUGCAGCUACAGCAUCUGCGCUGGAAGGGGGCAAAGGGCCCGGGCGAGAUGCGGCGGGAACAGACAUGUGCCCGCUGCCAGCAGGCGCUGGGCCGAGUGCUCAACCGGGGAGCCGUGUGCCAGGGCUGCAGCCACCGCGUGUGCCAUGGCUGCCGAGUGCCCGUGGGUGCCAGCUGCGUCUGGAAGUGCACCGUGUGCUUCGAGGACAGGAACGUGAAAAUAAAGACAGGGGAAUGGUUCUUUGAGGAGCGAGCCAAGAAGUUCCCAGCGGAAGGCAGACACGACACUGCCGGCGCAAGGCUCCUGCAAUCUUAUCAGAGGCUGAGCAGCAUCUCCGUGGUGCCCCCCACGCCGCCUCCGCUCAGUGAGAGCCAGUGCAGCGGCCCCGGCCAGUUACAAGAACUUGGUCAGUUUAAAGGAUUCAACAAGUCAGUGGAAAACCUGUUUCUGUCUGUCACCACUCACAUGAGAAAACUCUCCAAGUCCCAGAAUGACAUGACCUCUGAGAAGCAUCUUGGAGCCGCCUGCCUGGGGCACAGUGUGGGCACGCCAGAGCGCCGGAGUCAGUCGGACACGGCCAUCGCUGCCGCCGCCACCGCCAGGAAGGGCAGCGCGCCGGACCUCCUGAAGCCCCCCGACCCCGAGGGUCCCAGGCGCCCCAGCUGCCCUGCUCUGAAGCUGCAUGAUCUCCCCCGCGGCCCAGAGCCUGACACUUCGCUCAUAGGAAGCUCAAGACAUGGGAGUUUAAUCAGCAUCAACAGCACCUGUACAGAGAUGGGGAAUUUUGACAACGCUAAUGUCACCGGAGAGAUUGAAUUUGCCCUUCGUUACUGCUUCGAAACUCACUCUUUAGAAGUCUGUAUCAAGGCCUGCAAGAACCUUGCCUAUGGGGAGGAAAAGAAGAAAAAAUGCAAUCCGUACGUGAAGACCUACUUGCUGCCCGACAGGUCCUCGCAGGGAAAGCGCAAGACCCGGGUCCAGAGGAACACGGUGAACCCCGCCUUCCAGGAGUCCCUGCAGUACCAGGUGCCGCCGGGCCAGCUGAGCGCCCGGCAGCUGCAGGUGUCCGUGUGGCACCUGGGCACGCUGUCCCGGAGGGUGUUUCUCGGAGAGGUGACCCUUCCCCUGGCCUCGUGGGACUUUGAAGACAGUGCCGCCUGCUCCUUCCGCUGCUACCCGCUCAGGGCCAAGGCCGAGCCAUGUGGAGACAGCUCCGGCCCUGCGAACCACGGGGAACUUGCCGUCCGUGCCAAGCUGGUCCUCCCGGCGUGGCCUGGAAGACCUCCCGGGGCUGACGAAGAGCCCGACCCAUCGGCCCGGGGCGGCCAGCUCUGCUUGGUGGUGCUGGGCGCCAGGAACCUGCCUGCACGCUCCGACGGCACCUUGAACUCCUUCGUGAGGGGCUGCCUUACCCUGCCCGACCAGCAGCGGCUGAGGCUCAAGUCCCCGGUGCUGAGGAAGCAGGCCUGUCCCCAGUGGAAGCACUCCUUCGUGUUCAACGGGCUGACCACCGCCCAGCUGCGGCAGUCCAGCCUGGAGCUUACUGUCUGGGACCAGGCGGCCUUCGGGCUGAGCGACCGCCUGCUGGGACGCGCCAGGCUGGGUUCUAAGGGGGACGCUGCGGGCAGCACGGAUGCCGGCUCCCAGCCCAACCUUCAGUGGCACAAAGUUCUUUCCAACCCGAACCUGUGGACCGACAUGACCCUCAGCCUGCACUGAAGCGGCAGCGGGG